AACUACAAAGGAUGACCGGGACAAUAUGCUAAAUAUUCUCUUGCAACACAACUUCCGCCUUCUGUAUCAAAUAACUCCAGAGACGUCAAUAGUUGAAUAUCGAGGCUCCAUAACUGAAUCCGACGUACAUCUACUUGUGUCUGAGCUGCAGAAAAGGCAUACAGAUUGGUUUUUAGCCAUCGAGAAGGUUAUUGUGUAUGAAGACGUUCUGAAACCUGAACAGGUGAUUCAAAGAUCAGACUUUCACGCUGACAAGAUUGUUGAACCUGAAAGAUUUUACGGAAUGGGUGUGCCACAAGCUUGGGAACUAGGCUACACGGGGAAGGGUAUUGUCAUUGCAGUAACUGAUGUUGGAAUGCACACAAAUCUCUUAGAUUUAACAAACCAAAUCGAUGAAGAUAUGUGUUACAACUACAUUAAUGAUAACCGAAAUAUUACACCAGAAUUUUUCCAUAAUCACCAAGCAGAGGCCGACAAAUAUGCCACACAUGGGGAUCAAUGUGCAAGUUUAAUUGCAUCGGAAUAUGGUAAUGGACUUUGUUCGUCUGGGAUAGCGUUUAAUGCAACACGUGUAGGGCUAAAGAUAUUCGAGGUAACCUUCAACGGAAGAUUAUUUGACAUAGAACAUAAAUAUUGGACGAGAUCAGAUAUCAUAUCUAGAGCUUUUGCUAACAAUUCUGGAAUAGACAUAUACUCAAAUGCUUGGGCACCUGAACACCCGUUUACUCCGCUGGAUUUACCAACUAAAGAAGCUAUAAGAUAUGGCGGAGAGGAGGGAAGAAUGGGACUAGGCACCAUAUAUGUAGUACCAGCUGGUCCAGUAGGAAAUGAGCUCGCUAAUAAUAUCUACACGAUAGCUGUAAAUGGUAUUGGGGUAAAUGGAUCGAUCCACAAUGAUUCAAAGCUUUGUGCUAGUGUUAUAACGUCAGGACUAGCAGAUGGCAGUAAUAUUUCAGCUAGAUAUAUGUUAACUACGACAAGAAACAACAAUUGUGUCACCAGUUUUAAGGGUGUAUCCCCUGCCACUGCUCAAAUUGCUGCCAUUAUCGGAUUAGCAUUAGAGGCAAAUCCGAAUUUGACAUUGAGGGACAUUCAGCACUUGUUAAUUCAAUCUUCUGAAUAUGUUGGAAAGGUAGAAAAGAGAAACUUAAUAAAAAAUGGAGCUGGACGACUAUUCCAUAAGGUUCUUGGAUAUGGUUUGCUGAAUGCAACAAAGUUGGUUGUUCUAGCCGAAACAAGACAAGUUUGUACCUUCUUGCAAAGUUAGGUUGAUAUCGUGCCGAUUUACAUCAUAAAUAUCGUGAAUAUUUGGACUAAAAAGUAAUAGGAUUGCAGCCAACGCAACCGCGGUACAUUGCAUGCCAUUAUAUGGGGCAUAUUCUUGGCAUCCUUGGUGGUAACCCCCUGUUAUUGAUCUUACCAUUUUGAGGAACUUUGAUCACAAAGAAGAUGGCCGCUGCUGUUUGUACCACGUGAUUCCAGACCGCUCUCCGAUUAGUUGAUUUCAUCGACGUUAUAGCAUUAUUAUAAUGAGCUGCGUUAAAAAUAAAUCUAACGCCAUUAAAACAACGAAAAAAUACCGUGCAAACAUUCACAAAAAAAGAAAAAAGCUCCAUUAUGUUAAACAUAGCGAAUUUUGUUAAUCCCUAAUUAUUAUAUCUUUUUCGGUAAAUUGUCACGUGAUUGAGACGAGAGUUGUUGAUACUGUACCAGAGGGGUCGGUCAAUUGUGGGUUAUUGAUUACACUGGGUGAGUCUACUUAUUACUUGAGGAUGAUGGAAAAAACGUGUUUUUUAAAUGUUGCUCUUAAACAAGGAUGGCGGUUGAACUACAGAAAGUACAACAACAGUUAAUUUACAAAAAAUAGUACGGUAUGUUUUAUAAUCAGUAGAAGCUAGUCGUAUUUUUACGCUUAUGAGACCUGUUUUACCCACAAGUAAAGAAUUGACUGG